AUUGUUACGGAAAGUUUUUGAUUUAGUGGCGGUACCAAUGCAACUUCAGCAUUUAUUAUUGAAAGUUUUUGUGCCUUAAAUUCACAGAUUGGCUGUUGAGAGGAAAUCUUAUGAUGAUGAUGAAGAAAAAAUAACAAUCAUGUUGUUUUGCAUAUUAUAUUGUUAAAAAAAUUGUCCAUUAAGGUUUUUUGGUUCACAAAGGUAACAGUAAUAAUAAAAACGCCUUUUUUAUCGAUCAACUUUAAUGAAUCUUCGAUCGCGUGCAAAAAAAAAAAAAAAAAAUAGAUAACGUUUAUUUGUCUUCAUUUGUGGGAGUCUAAUGUUAUUGAAUUGACAAGUUAUAAAUAAAUAAAAUAAAAUGAAAGAAUCCAAAUCAAAAUUAUUGUUGUCUAUAUGUGUCAUAAGACUUUUGGACAAUUGUUGAAAAAAGAAAAAUGUUUGAACAAUAUUGUUUGGAAACAAGUCAAAAUCAAACAAUAAAAUUUUCCGAUUAUAAAAAAUUCUAUCCAUCAGUAGUAGAUGGCGAAAUUCAAACAAUCAAUUCGACGGAAUCAUCUUAUCGAUGUCAUUUACAUUCAGCAAUAUUUUCAACAGAAUUUUACAAUUAUGAAAAUCGUUCUUUUGUUUGUUCACCAUAUAUUGAAAUAUGUAAAAUUCUUAUUGAUCAUUACAAUUGUAGUUUGACAUUCAUAUUGCCUGAAGAAGAUUUCGGUGGAUAUUACGUUAAUGGAACAUUUACAGGAAUCUUAAAAUUGAUUUCGGAAAAAGUUGCCGAUUUUAUACCACAUUUUUUUUCUAUACAUAGUAAUCGUGAUCAAGUUCUUGACAAUACAAUUUUAUCAAAUUCAGCAUAUAAAGUAUCGAUUGUUAGUCAUCAAAGUUAUAUUCCGAAUACGAAUCCAUUACAAAUUUUUCAUACAUUCACAUGGGAAAUAUGGCUAUUAUUGUUUACAGGAUUCAUUUGUUAUACCAUACUGUUAAUGGUUGCUGAUUUAAUCAUUAAUGAUCAAAAUUUAUCGACAAAUCGUUUAUUUGAUUUCAAUUUCAUUUUAUUUCGUACGCUCAUUGGACAAAGUUUGUCAAAAUUUACAUUGAUUUCUAAACAACGAAAAGCUAUACAUUUAUUACGUAACUCCUUGUUGAUAUGGAUUUUGGCUACAUUAUUAUUGCGACAAUUAUUCUCAAAUGAUGUAGUGGCAUCACUGUUAGCUAAAAGAGAACAGAUUAUCGAUCAUUUUGUUCAAUUAGUUGAGAAUAAAGAUUAUCGUAUCAUGGUUGUAAGUAAAUCAUCAACAGAAAAAAUUUUUCUUUCGAAAUUUCCUCAACUUAAAUACCGAUCAUUUGAGAUUGAUCAUGAAAUUACUGCACCUGGACCGAUUGUUAAAUUAAUGAAAGGCAAACAUGUAUUGAUCGUUGAUCGUUGGAAAGGCUAUAUGUUGAAAGAAAUGUAUAGAAAAUUCGAUCUACAUGUAUCGAAAGAAAAGUUCGGUCUAACAUUCUCUAGUCUAGCUAUACGUAAAAAUUUACAUUCUUCAGCAAGAAUUAUGUUGGCUAAAAUGUUUCAACAAAUUCAUCAAAAUGGAAUAAUCAAUAAAUUGAAUGGUGAUCGUUAUAAUUAUCAAUUAAAUCUUAAAUUAAUUCAGAAAAAAAUCAAUAAAACUAUCGAAUAUGAAGAUGAUAAUGGCACCAGACAACUUGCAGCCAUAGAUAAAGAAUUAACCGAUGCCCAUAUGGAAGAUGAUCAAGAAUAUCUAAACCAUAGAAUUAUGUCACUCAUUUACAUUCACAUUUUAGGCCUUACAUUUUACAUGGUUUUAUUUGAAUUAAUCUAUUGUUUUUAUUGA